CCUUUGCUUAUGCUGCCAUCUAGCGGCCGCGAGUUUAACAGUCAGUUGCGGCGGACAACGAUGGCGGCCACGAUGGAGGCAGCAACCGGCAUGAGCAAUUUACUUCAGUUUAUGAAACUUAUAGGACAACUCAAAAGGGUGCCACGGACAGGUUGGGUUUACAAGAAUGUGAAGAAACCAGAGAGUGUAUCAGACCACAUGUACCGCAUGGCCAUGAUGUCCCUGACCAUCACUGACCCCACGGUGGACAAGGACAGGUGUAUAAAGCUGGCACUGGUUCAUGAUAUGGCAGAGUGCAUUGUGGGAGAUAUCGCUCCUUCAGACAAUGUCAGUAAAGAGGAGAAACACAGGAGAGAAGAGGAAGCGAUGAGGCAUUUAUCAGGUCUGCUGCCAGAGGGGCUCAGACCUGAGAUUUUUGGACUCUGGGAGGAAUAUGAAAACCAGAGCAGUGCAGAGGCUAGGUUGGUGAAACAGUUCGACCUUCUGGAGAUGAUCCUGCAGGCUCACGAGUAUGAAGAGUUAGAGGAAACACCUGGAAGACUUCAGGAAUUCUUUGACUCCACCAAUGGCCGUUUUCAUCACCCAGAUGUGCUCCAGCUCCUCAGUUCAUUGAAUGAAGAGAGAAGAAAUCACAUGGCAAAAGCUGAUGGUACAAAGAAUUCUGGGGACUUGAAAACUGCCACUGUAGAAUCUCAGUGUAACACACAAGCUCCUCCUUAGUGGAGUGACAGAGAUACUGGACACAAAAUUUGCAAACAAGCACGCACACAACUAUGUCACAUGACCAGAUGGGGGAAACG